CUCACACCUCUCUUACAGCACCACCAUGACAACAGAGAAGAGCCCAGCGGCAGACCCCGAAAACUCAGAGCAGCAGCAGGCGAAGGAGGAGGAAGGGGCUGCCAACACACAGAAGCAGGAGGCAUCCCCAGAGCAGGGGUCGGGGCCCAAGCAGAAGGCAUCCAACGGCAACACGCCCACGGCUGAGGAGCAGGGCCGGAAGGAGCGCCGUGCCUCCGAGGGCCGGGGUCUCUCCCGCCUCUUCUCCUCCUUUCUCAGGAGGCCCAAGUCCCAGGUGUCUGAGGAGGACAAAGACACCGAUGUGCCCAAGGAGGGCGGUGGGGACCAGAAGGACUCAGGGGUAGGAGCCAACCCUGAUGAGGAGGAGAUCCUGGUGAAGGCCCCAAUUGCAGCUCCCGAACCGGAGCUGAAGACUGAUCCAUCUCUUGACCUCCACUCCUUAAGCAGUGCAGAAACACAGCCUGCGCAGGAGGAGAGGAGGGAAGAGCAGGAGUCAGACAGCAAAGACCUCGAGGGCAAGGAAGGAGGUGAAGGGAAGGAGGAGAGCGCUGAGGCAGAGCUGAAGCCAGAGGCUGCAGAGCCCAAAGCAGACAAGGAUCUGAAAGCUGCCCAGAGAUCCAUAAGAAGACACAGAAACAUGUACUGCAAAGUUGUCUUGCUGGAUGACACCAUCUUUGAGUGUUCUGUGGAUAAACAUGCCAAGGGGCAGGAUCUACUCAAGAAAGUCUGUGACCACCUUAAUCUCCUGGAAGAAGACUAUUUUGGUUUGGCCAUAUGGGACAUGCCAACCUCCAGGACGUGGCUGGAUCCUACCAAAGAAAUAAAAAAACAAGUUCAUGGAGGCCCCUGGGAUUUUACUUUCAAUGUCAAGUUUUAUCCUCCAGAUCCUGCUCAGCUGACCGAGGAUAUAACGAGGUAUUACUUGUGUCUUCAGCUUCGACAGGACAUCAUCUCAGGGCGACUGCCUUGUUCCUUUGCAACUUUGGCUCUGCUGGGUUCCUACACAGUGCAGUCCGAGCUGGGGGACUAUGAUCCUGACCUACACAGCACAGAUUACAUCAAUGAAUUCAAACUGGCUCCAAACCAGACCAAAGAGCUUGAAGAGAAGGUUGUGGAACUUCAUAAAACAUACAGAUCCAUGACUCCAGCCCAAGCAGACCUGGAAUUCCUGGAGAAUGCAAAGAAGCUGUCUAUGUAUGGAGUUGACCUUCACCACGCCAAGGACUUGGAAGGAGUGGAUAUCACUCUGGGAGUCUGUUCCAGUGGCCUUCUUGUUUACAAAGAUAAGCUGAGAAUCAACCGCUUCCCUUGGCCCAAAGUCCUGAAGAUUUCCUACAAACGCAGCAGCUUCUUUAUUAAGAUUCGCCCAGGGGAGCAAGAGCAGUAUGAAAGUACAAUUGGAUUCAAGCUACCAAGUUACCGGGCAGCAAAGAAGCUGUGGAAAGUAUGUGUUGAACAUCACACAUUUUUCAGGCUGACUUCAACUGAGGCCAUCCCCAAGAGCAGAUUCCUGGCUCUGGGCUCCAAGUUCCGUUACAGUGGGCGGACGCAGGCGCAGACCAGGCAGGCGAGUGCCAUGAUUGACCGACCUGCACCCCAGUUUGAGCGCACAGCGAGCAAGAGAGCUUCCAGGAGCCUUGAUGGAGCUAAACGUGCGACUCAAAAAGUUGAGUUCAGAGCCGUAGAGGAAGAGAAGCAGGAGGAGGUGGUGGUGGUUGAGGUUCCCGAACCAAAACCCGUGGAUCAGUUCCGAGAGAAGCCAGCCAAGCACGUGCUUGAAAGUUUUGAAAUGAAACCCAUUGCAGAGGAGGAAGAGGAGGAGGAGGAGAAGGUAGAGGUGGCUCAGGUUCCCCUUGCUGAGCCAAAGCUGCCGGACCUGGUGCAGCAGCAGUCAGCCACACAUGCCUCUGGCACUGUUGAGAUAAGCGCAGUAGAAGAAGAGGAGGAGGAGGAAGAAAAAUUGCUGGUGAUGGGAGAGCUAAAGCCAGCCCUGAAGGAGCCAGCUGUGGCAGUGAUAACACCUGAGAGGAGCCCCCGGCCCACGUCUGCCCCUGCCAUCGCCCAGAGCCACGUGGCUGAGGCAGCCCCAGCUAAACCUGAUGCCAAGGAAGCCCUCGCUGCAUCAAAAGUAGAAAAGGAAGCACUGAAAGUUGAGGCGAAGCGUGAGGAGGUCCUCCCAGAGAGAGCCAAAGCAGAGCAAGCUGAGGCAUCUAAGGUGAGGAAAACGCACAUUGAGGUCACAGUACCCACUACGGCUGGUGACCGACCCCAGAAGCAGCCUGCAGAAAAAGAGGAAGAGCUGAUAAGAAUGAGGAAGAAGAGAUCAAAGAGACUAGAUGGUGAAAACAUUUAUAUCAGGCAUAGCAAUUUAAUGUUGGAGGAUCUAGAUAAGACCCAAGAAGAAAUAAAGAAGCAUCACGCCAACAUCAGCGAGCUGAAGAAGAACUUCAUGGAGUCUGUCCCUGAGCCUCGCCCGAGUGAAUGGGACAAACGUUUGUCCACUCACUCCCCGUUCCGAACACUCAAUGUCAACGGGCAGAUUCCAUCGGGAGCGGAUGGAAAUAUGAAUGACUUUCUCUGCAGAGAGGAUGUGGCUGAAGAGCCAAAGUGGAAAAGUGUUAACCCUGGCUCUGAAUGGGAGGGCCCAAGGCAGUCGGUAGCUUUUAGCGAGACCCCAGUGCCGCACACCUCCGAGCCUCCUCCACGUGCUGCAUCCCCCGCCAGCAGCCAGGACCACGAGGAGGAGCCGAGCCGUGCCCAGGGCUCCCGUGCAGCUGUGGAAGAGCUGGUGGCUGGCUCUGAGCUGCCUGAGCCCACCGCAGUCCCUGCUGCCCCUCUGCUGCAGCCCCAGGGAAGAGCGGAGGCGGCGGAGGCCGGCGAAGACAGAUUGGUGGGGGAGCUCGAUGGCGAAUGUCAUGGCUCGAGCAGUGCGAGCCAGCUGCCCGUGGUCAUUCGCUGCUUCCAGCCACCCCUAGUGAAGACACAGACAGUCACCAUCUCAGACGUGUCCAAUGCUGUCAAAAGUGAAAUUCCAACGAAAGAAGUUCCCAUCGUUCACACGGAGACGAAGACCAUCACCUACGAAGCUGCACAGACAGAUGGUGGCAAUGGAGAUUUGGACCCUGGCAUCCUGCUCACUGCUCAGACCAUCACAUCAGAGACCACCAGCAGCACCACCACCACACAGAUCACCAAGACUGUGAAAGGUGGCAUUUCAGAGACACGGAUUGAAAAGAGGAUUGUCAUCACAGGAGAUGCAGAUGUGGACCAUGACCAGGUCCUUGCUCAGGCCAUAAAGGCAGCGAAGGAGCAGCACCCGGACAUGUCGGUGACCAAAGUGGUUGUGCACCAGGAGACUGAGAUUGCAGAGGAGUAGCAGGGCUGAGAAGUGUUCUUUCCAGAUGAUACCAGGAAAUAAAACGGAGCAAAA